CACUCUUUCUCGCAACGUAUUGGCAACGCAUAAUAGGCUCUUUGUACAGAUUCAGAGUGCUCGAAAUAAUAGCAGUAACGCUAAUUCUACAAGCAAAAUAACAGACCUGAGUCUUUUGUAAGAUGUAUGGAGACUUGGGCAUCAAACUGGUCCAACACGCCAAGAGAACUCAGAAUCUGGCACAUCUGCCUCCAUACCAAGCUGAGCUCGUUCGUGCAGUGACCAGAGAAGUCAGAGAUCUCAACAAAGAUGUUGAUGAUCUGCUUGAGCCUUUCCAGGGCUCUUUCGACCCAGCAGAGGAUCAGGCAGUAGCAUACACACUUCUUGUGAACCACAUCUCAAUGCGCAGAAACAAGCGGUGCUUGCUAGCAUAUCACAGAACUCGCACCGACAAACUGGAAGAGCUUGUCUGGAAUGGCGCGGAUGUCAUUGACUUGUCUGGCCAACAGGUACGAGACGGUGGUGCAUCCGGCAGCAAAGGAGUGGCGAGCGGCGAUGGAUCCACGAGCAGUCUCAGCCCACAGGAGGAGGACUAUGUGCGACAAUACGGCGAUUUACUGGCAGCUUACAAGGGACAGUGGACCGAUAUUGAUCUCACUGGUAGCCUGGAGCCACCAAGGGACCUGUUCAUCGACGUUCGUGUUCUCAAAGAUGCGGGUGAGAUUCAGACAGAAUACGGGGCAAUUACCUUGACAAAGAACAGCCAAUUCUACGUCCGACAGGGAGACGUAGAGCGGCUAAUUGCACAAGGAUAUCUGCAGAAGCUCAGCUGAGACAGUUGUACACAUGUAUCAUGAGGCCCCCUCUCUACAAAAAGGUGCCAAAGUAUGAUACAGGAAGAAAGACAAUUAUGGUAGGAGCGCUGUUUCGAUUUAAGUUGAGGUUGAGACAUGAAGAGAUGUCAACCAACUACUGAGGAAGGUGAAGGCUUCUUUCGGGGCUUGGACAUAUUGAAGCAGCGCAAUUAUCACAUCAUGACAUUGACUGGCGUGUUACAAGGAUAAUGACUUUACGUUUGGCUCGUCUAAAAAGCGGUGGAUGAGCCGGAGGGGGUGUUUCGGGGGACAUGACUUUUUGGUUACAUUACAUCACGGCUAUAGUAGUUUCAACUUUCAUUUUUCACUUUUCACUUUCCACUUUCCACUUUUCGCUUUCCACUUUCCACUUUUCAUCCAAGGCAGCACAAACCAGGUUGACUGAAGAACCAAUGCGACAUUAUUGAUAGCGGGAGGCCUCUCCAUUGCUGAAGCUG